GAUAGCUUCGCACACUAGCAUUCUUCCUUCUUUUUUCUUCACAAAUCUCGUAGAGCAUUCUCUAGUUCUUCUUUAUUUCCUUGUGUGCAACAAUGAUGGUGUUUUCCAAAGGCGAUGAAGUUGAAGUGUGCAGCAACGAAGAAGGCUUCUUGGGCUCAUACUACGAAGCCAAGGUGAUAUCCCGACUGAAGGACAGCCGUUACAAGAUUCAGUACAAGAACUUGGUCGAAGAGGGAGAUGACUCUCGGCCUCUGGUUGAGAUAGUUACUGCUGACGAGGUCCGACCAGCGCCUCCAAAAACCAUAGGGGAAACUACUGGGUUUUUCUUUUAUCUCCAAAGAGUGGAUGCUUUCGACAAUGAUGGUUGGUGGGUUGGGAGGAUUACCGGGAGACAAGGGUCAGGGUAUUUGGUCUAUUUUCCUACCACCGGGGAUGAGAUCUUGUAUCCUGCUUCUCAGUUGAGAAAUAAUCUGGAAUGGUGCGAUGGCAACUGGGUUGCUUCCAAGUAGAGCUUGUUUUGAUCACUUCUUUUCUCAGGGCAAAUUUCUGUUAUUGCUUCAAUCUGUUUCUGUUUCUGUUUCUGUUCUUUCUUUUUUUCCUCUAGUUCUAGGAGUUAUUUGCGUUCAAGAUUUUUCGAUUAUAAAUUUGAUGAAACACUGCUGUGGUAAUCGCCAACGUUGAUGGCUCCUUCUGUUUGAUUUUAUC